GGGCGCCCGCCUCGGUCGCCCCCAGACCCCAAGACCACGCACUCGCUGCUGCCGGCCUCUCGGCGUGCCCAUGAUUGCCCGGUGCCUUUCGGCUGUGCGAGGCCUCCACAGAGUUGGUGGUUCCAGGAUUUUACUCAGAAUGACAUUAGGAAGAGAAGUGACAUCUUCCCUUCAGACAGUGUCUUCCUAUACUGCAGCUGGCAGAAAUGUUUUAAGAUGGGAUCUUUCACCAGAGCAAAUUAAAACAAGAACUGAGGAACUCAUUGUACAGACCAAACAGGUGUAUGAUGCUGUUGGAAUGCUCAACGUGGAAGAAGUAACUUAUGAGAACUGUUUACAGGUGCUGGCGGACGUAGAAGUGAAGUACAUAGUGGAAAGAACCAUGCUAGACUUCCCUCAGCAUGUGUCCUCUGACAAAGAAGUACGGGCAGCAAGUACUGAAGCUGACAAAAGACUUUCUCGUUUUGAUAUUGAGAUGAGUAUGAGAGAAGAUAUAUUUAAGAGAAUUGUUCAUUUACAGGAAACUUGUGAUUUGGAAAAGAUAAAGCCUGAAGCCAGACGAUACUUGGAAAAGUCAGUUAAAAUGGGAAAAAGGAACGGACUCCAUCUUCCAGAACAAGUACAAAAUGAAAUCAAAUCGAUGAAGAAAAAAAUGAGUGAGCUAUGUAUUGACUUUAACAAAAAUCUCAAUGAGGAUGAUACCUUCCUGGUAUUUUCCAAGGCUGAACUUGGUGCUCUUCCUGAUGAUUUCAUUGACAGUUUAGAAAAGACAGGUGAUGACAAGUAUAAAAUUACCUUAAAAUAUCCACACUAUUUUCCUGUCAUGAAGAAAUGUUGUGUCCCCGAAACCAGAAGGAAGAUGGAAAUGGCUUUUAAUACAAGAUGCAAAGAGGAAAACACCAUCAUUCUGCAGCAGCUACUGCCACUGAGGGCCCAAGUGGCCAAGCUACUUGGCUACAAUACACAUGCUGACUUUGUCCUUGAAAUGAAUACUGCCAAGAGUACAAGCCGUGUGACAACCUUUCUCGAUGACUUAAGCCAUAAAUUAAAACCCUUGGGUGAGGCAGAAAGAGAGUUUAUUUUGAAUUUGAAGAAAAAAGAAUGUAACGAGAGAGGUUUUGAAUACGAUGGAAAAAUCAAUGCCUGGGAUCUACACUAUUACAUGACUCAGACAGAAGAACUCAAAUACUCCAUAGACCAAGAGUCCCUCAAGGAGUACUUCCCCAUCGAGGUGGUCACUGAAGGCUUGCUGAACAUCUACCAGGAGUUGUUGGGACUUUCCUUUGAGCAAGUGACAGAUGCGCAUGUUUGGAAUAAAAGUGUUACACUUUACACUGUGAAGGAUAAAGCUACUGGAGAAGUGUUGGGACAGUUCUACUUGGACCUGUAUCCAAGGGAAGGAAAAUACAAUCAUGCAGCAUGCUUUGGUCUUCAACCUGGCUGCCUUCUCCCUGAUGGGAACCGGAUGAUGUCUGUGGCUGCCCUUGUGGUAAACUUCUCACAGCCAGUAGCAGGUCGCCCCUCUCUCCUGAGGCAUGAUGAGGUGAGGACUUACUUCCAUGAAUUUGGUCAUGUCAUGCAUCAGAUCUGUGCACAGACUGAGUUUGCACGAUUUAGUGGAACAAAUGUGGAAACUGACUUUGUAGAGGUACCAUCACAAAUGCUUGAAAAUUGGGUGUGGGACAUUGAUUCCCUCCGAAGAUUGUCAAAACAUUAUAAAGACGGAAGCCCUAUUACAGAUGAUCUGCUUGAAAAGCUUGUUGCUUCUAGACUGGUCAACACAGGUCUUCUGACCCUCCGCCAAAUUGUUUUGAGCAAAGUUGAUCAGUCCCUCCAUACCAAUACAUCGCUGGACGCCGCAAGCGAAUAUGCCAAAUAUUGCACAGAAAUUCUAGGUGUUGCAGCUACUCCAGGCACAAAUAUGCCAGCUACUUUUGGACAUUUGGCCGGGGGAUAUGAUGGCCAAUAUUAUGGAUAUCUCUGGAGUGAAGUGUUUUCCAUGGACAUGUUUUACAGCUGUUUUAAAAAAGAAGGGAUAAUGAAUCCAGAGGUUGGAAUGAAAUAUAGAAACCUAAUCCUGAAACCCGGGGGAUCUCUGGACGGCAUGGACAUGCUCCAGAAUUUCUUGAAACGUGAGCCAAACCAAAAAGCGUUCCUAAUGAGUCGAGGCCUGUGUGCUCCAUAAACAGGAUCUUUGGUAGCAGUCCAUGUCUGGAGGACAAGUCGACGUCGCCAUGUGUUACUGGCCUGGAAACUGAAGGGAGUUUGCAGAUGAAAAAUUAGAUUUCUAUUGACUUCUUUUUUUUUUUAUUUUAAAACUUAUACUUAUGUAAAUGGAAUUAUAAAUACUGUGACCUAAAAAGACCUAAUUGAAAAUAAUUGUACUAUAAAAUUUCAUAAAAAUGGAUUUGAUUUCUUUUGAUAAAAGUUUCAUAUGAAUGUAAUUUGAUUUUUUUACUAUUAUAAUCUAGAUAAUAUAAUGUAAGAGGGCCAAGAAUUUUUAAAUUGAAUCAUAUACAUGAUAUAAUUUGAUCCUUCUUAUAUCUUAAAAUUUUGUACUUGGGAUUUCUGAACUGAUAAAUGAAUCAUCAAAUUCCUCUGGUAAAUAUUUUCCUGGAGCCCUGAGUCAACUUUGAUCCUCUGCCUCCCUAUAAGGUGUGACCUUGCCUUUGCCUGCAUGCCUCAAGGCCAAGGAAAUACGACACAGUAAUUCCUUUAUCUUUGUAUACCAGGCCUCAAAGUUCCCAGCUUUCUGCCUCUUUAUGUUAUAUUCCCCCAUUUGGGUUUGUUUUCCUUUCUAAUCUUCAGUUAGAGAGUACCAAAAAAAUUUUUCAGUGUGACUACACUGGUCUAAUGUAUAUUACAAGUUGUUUUUGUUUGUUUGGUACUGGGGAUUAAACCAGGGGCACUUGAUGACUGAGCCACAUCCCCAGCCCUU